UGACGGUCGGAACUGUAAUUCCGCGCACAUUGUUUUCGGCGGAAGAGCAGACGCGACGGACACAGAGGAACAUCCUGUUUCCUGGGUUUUCCACGUUUGUUUGCUAACCGCCUAAAACUGUAGUACAAUUAUUCUUGCAAUCAAUUAAACAUCAAACCGAUACAAUGAUAGCAGGCAUGAAACGAGAGAAGAAUAUCGACGAAGACGAACAGGACGAGGUGCAGGUGAAAGUUAGACGAGUUGAAGAUAGGAGAAGCCGCCAUUGUCCAUAUCUGGACACAAUCAACAGAAGUGUUUUGGAUUUCGACUUUGAGAAGCUUUGUUCAAUCUCACUCUCACACAUUAAUGUCUACGCGUGUCUAAUCUGUGGAAAAUAUUUCCAAGGACGCGGACAGAAGUCUCACGCGUACAUUCACAGCGUUCAGUUCACGCACCAUGUUUUCCUGAAUCUCCACACGCUCAAGUUUUACUGUCUGCCAGAUAAUUACGAGAUUAUCGACUCCUCUUUAGAGGACAUAACAUAUGUGCUGAAACCCACAUUCACCAAACAGCACAUCUCUGGCUUGGAUAACCAAGGGAAGCUGUACAGAGCCUACGAUGGCACAACGUAUUUGCCUGGAAUUGUGGGUCUCAAUAAUAUCAAAGCCAACGACUAUGCCAAUAGUGUUCUGCAAGCGCUGUCAAAUGUGCCCCCACUACGGAACUAUUUCCUUGAAGAGGAGAACUAUCGUAAAAUUCGGCGGCCACCCGGUGACAUCAUGUUCCUGUUGGUUCAACGCUUUGGGGAGCUAAUGCGCAAGCUUUGGAACCCGCGUAACUUCAAAGCUCACGUGUCUCCGCAUGAAAUGUUGCAGGCUGUGGUGUUAUGCAGUAAAAAAAACUUUCAGAUCACCAAGCAAGGGGAUGCAGUGGACUUUCUCUCCUGGUUCCUGAAUGCAUUGCACGGUGCCCUCGGUGGGACGAAGAAAAAAUCAACCAUCAUCACACAGGCGUUUCAGGGGUCCAUGCGAAUCUUCUCAAAGAAACUUCCCCAUCCAGAUCUGCCACCAGAAGAGAAAGAAGCUCUUCUCUUAAAAGAGGACUUUCAGGAGGUGAUGUCCGAGUCCACUUUCUUGUACCUGACCUUGGACCUGCCCACCGCACCCCUCUACAAAGAUGAGAAAGAACAGCUCAUCAUUCCUCAAGUUCCUCUCUUCACCAUCCUAGCCAAGUUCAACGGAAACACCGAGAAAGAGUACAAGACCUACAAAGAGAACUUUCUGAAAAAAUUUCAGUUGACCAAGCUUCCCCCGUACCUUAUCUUCUGUAUCAAAAGGUUCACGAAGAACAACUUCUUUGUUGAAAAGAACCCCACCAUUGUCAACUUUCCAAUCACCAAUGUUGAUUUGCGUGAGUAUCUGACGGAAGAGGCCCAGGCUACUGAGAAGAUCACAACCUAUGACCUGGUGGCCAACGUAGUUCACGAUGGAAAACCAACCGAGGGCUCAUAUCGAAUUCACGUUUUGCAUCAUGGAACAGGGAAGUGGUAUGAACUUCAGGACUUGCAGGUGACCGAUAUCUUGCCACAGAUGAUUACGCUCUCAGAAGCAUACAUACAGAUUUGGAAAAGACAAGAUAUAGAUGAAGGAAGCCAUACAGGGGCAUAGGAGGAGUUGCAGCAUUUCGUGUACGACCUGUUCCUGCUCAGUCCUUUGAAUGCUUUUCACCAAAAUCCAAAUUUGCUUAAAAAUGUAGAGAUUGAGUUAAAGUUAGUUACAGAAAUGGCUUUGUUCUACUACAUAAUCUAUUCCAUGUGUUUUAGUGCCGAGAUAUCUGUAAUGCAAACCAAACAGCACCUUUGAUUUCAAAUUGACUGUUCCUCUUUGAAGAUUGUCUGUUUGUAGUUUUUUAUUAAACUUCCCAAGACUCAA